AGGUUCUUGCACUGGGGUUCUGAAACUGGUGGUGCUGCGGGUCUGCAGCUGGAUAUAUCUCUUCAAAACAGCGCUUGUGUUUCCCGCGUCCAUUCAUUUGAGCGCCCGUGAGCCCUGCUGCCGUAGUUUGUGAGCGCGUGCGUGACGCUGCAGCGUUGAACGGUCAGAAAAAUUGUAAUACAGGCAAGAUGGCGACUUCGGAGCCGCAAGGAACUGAAAAUGAAGAAGCCCGUGCUGAAAGUCCUACUGCUGCUAUAACAAGUCCUGAACAGUACAUCAAACACCCUUUGCAAAACAGAUGGGCUCUCUGGUAUUUCAAAAAUGACAAGAGCAAAAGUUGGACAGAAAAUCUGCGUCUCAUCUCCAAGUUUGACACAGUGGAAGAUUUCUGGGCAUUAUACAAUCACAUACAGCAGCCCAGUAAACUUGGAUUUGGUUGUGACUACUGCUUAUUUAAGGAUGGUAUCAAACCCAUGUGGGAGGAUGACCGGAAUAAACUGGGAGGAAGGUGGUUAAUGACCCUCAGCAAACAGCAACGACACAAUGACCUUGACCGCUACUGGAUGGAGACUCUGUUAUGUUUAAUCGGCGAGUCUUUUGAUGAGGCCAGUGAAGAUGUGUGUGGAGCUGUGGUCAAUGUCAGACCAAAGGGUGAUAAAAUAUCAAUCUGGACGGGCAACUGCCAAAACAAGGAUGCUAUAAUGACAAUAGGGCAACAAUACAAAGAGCGUUUGAACAUCCCCAUCAAAAUCCUCAUUGGAUACCAGUCACAUGACGACACCUCUAGCAAAAGUGGCUCUACAACAAAGAAUAUUUACUCAGUUUGAAGAAGACUAAUUUCAGCUUAUUGUAGGUUUAUAAAAUUACAAAUUUGCAUCACAGUAAUACUUUGAGUUGUUAACUACUGUAGUGUCCUUCCUUUUUAAAAAAUGGGGGAAAAAAAACAACAAAAACAUUUAAUUAUGUACCUUAUUGCUCUCCAGCCUAAAAUGAUCAGCACUUUUAUCGUGUGGAUCAGGGAACAUCAAAUUGUUUAGACAUGAGUGAGGACUGCAUCAGCUAAAGCUAUAUAAGUUGAGCUAGAUGUUACUGAUAUAAUUUUAGGAAAUUUGGAAAGAUUAAAGGACUAAUCAAGAGUCAAGACUUGCCUAGCUUAAGAGGUUCUAAGGCUUAGAUGAGAAGAGAUUUCUCAAGAGACUUUGCUUUAAACUUUCUCUCAUGCGUCAUGUUAUCACAAUGUUGCUCGCCAUCAGAAGAACAAAAACAAAUCAACAACUUAAAUUUUAAGGGCCCAAUCUGUUUUAACAUGCUUUGGUUGGAGGUGUUUGGCAUGAGAAGUGAUUGCAGAGUCACCUGCAGACUGUUUAUCUUAAAGGUUUGUAAAGGAUUAACUUCGGUUGCACUCGCUCCAGGUGUGGAAUUUGGACGAGUGGUCAUUUAUUGUUUCAGCUAUGCUGAAAUUGUGGAAUCUUGCUUGUUGACCUAUCUUGAACAGCUGUGUUUCUCCCCUCCCACUUCAUCUAUUUAUGAUAUAUGCAUAGCACUUGAACUACACAGUAAGACGAACUCUGUGAAAAUCAAGCUUCUAUUUUCUUUUUUCACUCAUUAAUGUUUUUAGAUUCUUAGCAAUGUGGACUUCUGCUUCAAUUUUUCUUUUGUUUGUUUUUGCGUGAAAAUAUAUAUAUAUAUAUAUAUAUAUAUAUAUAAUUUUUUUUUUUUUACAGUGUAUUUAGUGAAUGCUUGGACAUACAUGUUUUUUAGGUUUGCUACGACUUUUCCCCUCAUAUUGACACUUUAGACAUUUUCUAGUUUGCCCCACUCUGGAUCAGUGAUUCACUGUGAAUUUAUUUUGCUCAUAAUGUAUCUUAAUUAUCUGUAAUUCCAGGAUGUGUAUUACCAUCUUUCAAAGUAAAGGUUAUGUGCUUUGCAUUUAACAUUUGAAUGAUUUUGCCCAUUUCUUAAUCCUUGACUCUUACAUCAGAGUUCAUUAUUAAAAGAGGUCAUAAAUGGGCCCACAAGACUUUUCACGCACAGAUUCACAGAACUCUGUAGAAAGCUUCACAGAUUUCUGUAGAAUCGGAAUGCAAGUCAUUCAUGAAGUUCUACACAUCCAUCAUUUGUUGUGUAUUUAUUAAAUAUUUGGCUAAUGUGAUAGCGUCUUCUGUUUUCAAUAAAUAAUGUAUUCUCAGCUCCGUUUAACACAUUUUCACCUCAUUUAAAAAGUUUUGCUUGUAAAGAAAUCAAUUGUAAUUUUAAAACAAAUGUAUGAAAUCAUGACCACUCGCAUGCGAUGAAGACAUGAGUUUAAUCAGUAACUAUUCAACAUGUUUUAUUCUACAUGUUAGGAUCACAUUACCAGCUGAAUACUACUCUCUUAAAGGGAUAGUGUACCCAAAAAUAAAAAUUCUCCCAUCAUUUACUUGCCCUCAUGCCAUCCUAGAUGUGUAAGGCUUUCUUCAACAGAACACAAAUAAAUAAUUAAUACAAUGGAAGUGAAUGGGUGCCAAAAUUGUUAUGCUCCAAAAAAGCACACUGGAGUCAAAUGGACCGCUUUUCACAUGCUGACUUAUGUGAUUUUUGGAGCUUCAAACAUUUGGCACCCAUUCACUUACAUUGUAUGGACCUACAGAGCUGAAAUAUUCUUCUAAAUAUCUUCAUUUGAGUUCAGUAGAUGAAAAAAGUAAUACACAUCUGUUUCUCUGUAACCACACUGUUCUUAAACGGUUUCACUCAGGAUUUCAAUUUGUCCUAGCUGAGUGUAAAUAGUGAAACAAAGGCAUCAGUAACUGAAAACUGUUGCAUUAUGCUGAAUCCAGGCCCUUAGAUGUCAGCAUAAAUUCAAGACAACAUAUUCAAAAAUAUGUCAAAAGUUUUAAACGUAUUGUGUUGUGAAUUUAGUUUCUGUAUAGGCACAAAGAAAUGUCCCAAUAUCUCACUGACACUUGAGGUGGCACCGCUGUUGAUAAAUUAAUUCAGCAAUUCAAUAUUCCACAGGUUCAAAGUCCUAAGAUGUCUAAAUGUCUUUGUCUUGCACUGCACACAAACAGUCCUGCAGUAGGUGUAAAUAAACUUUUCCAAACAGUCACUCCCCCUCCCUGACUUUCUGAGCAUACAAUUUAAAAGGUUGAACUAGCUAUCCUAUCCCUGGAAUUAAAAAGAAUAGUAUGUGUGCUAAACCAGAUUAUUUGGUUGUGAGCUCAAUUUUGCUUUCGUGUCAACAAGCAAUGCCAAAAAGGACACUACAUUCUCAGAGUGCCAGGAUUGUAGUUUGACAUUGACCUACCAUUAAACAAGAGUUAAUAGUAGCCAUUUUUAGCUACAUCCUCCAGAAUUAUCCCAUUAAACUUGACCUAUCACAGAACAAAUAACACAGAAAACAAUUAUAGAGAACUGUAACUUCACCCACCAGAGGGCAAAAAGCUGUUUCCUUAGUUAGACAUAAUGGGUGUGGCUGAAAACAGGUGUUUCAAGAGUGCCAGUACUUUCAUUGCGUCUUGUGUCUUAGUCCACCACACUUUGUACCCGUAUGAAACCACUGACAAACCAGUAUGUCAUUCUAUUAGGCUUUUGAAGGCAGAAUGUACAUUCUCUUCAGAUGUUACAACAAAGCCACACUGGAUUUACUAAAACAGGACUGGAUUUCAGCAUGGUUGAAUUGAUUGAUGUUCUGUUGAUGCAUUAACCUGAAAGUUAUAGAUGAUUUUAAAGAACUGAUUUUUUUUAUUAUUAUUUAUUUAUACAAUUAUACAAAUGAAUAGUACCUAUACAUACUAACUAUUGAUGUUAAAUAACGAUCAUGCAGAAGCUAAGUAUAGUGCUGUGAAAA